CCACGCUAAACAGCGCUAGCCACUACCAGCGCCGCCGCGUGCGAGUCCGACGUCUGGAAGGGCGGACGACUUUUCCCCACAUUCCUAAGAUUUGCAAAACACAGUCGUCUCGAAAGAAACCACUUCGUCAACAUGGGAUCGUGCACGCACGAAGACUGCGUGUGAAGAAGAUCAAAAGCAACUCGGGGCUUAAUGGGGGGCGGGGGGGAGUUGUGUUCAACUGUUAAGGAUUAACAUCUUGGGAUAAACGGAGGAAAGCUUUCAAGUCUCAGCCAGUGUUCAAGGGCAUGCCAAAUCCUCAGUAAUGGAGCCCACUGUUGUGAGUACAUCCACCCUGGCCCCUGAUGAGUUUGACAGAAAUGUGCCUCGAAUCUGCGGCGUGUGUGGCGACAAAGCCACCGGCUUUCACUUCAACGCCAUGACCUGCGAGGGCUGCAAGGGCUUUUUCAGGCGCAGUAUGAAGCGCAAGGCUUCCUUCACGUGUCCCUUUAACGGCAGUUGCACCAUCACCAAGGACAACAGACGCCACUGCCAGGCUUGCCGGCUCAAACGCUGUGUGGACAUUGGCAUGAUGAAAGAGUUCAUCCUGACAGACGAGGAAGUGCAGAGGAAGAAGGACCUCAUUCAACGGCGAAAGGAUGAGGAGGCCCAACGCGAAGCGGAGAGGGAAGCGCGGCGACCUCGGCUGACCGACGAACAGAGUCAAGUCAUUGCCACGCUGGUGGAGGCGCACCACAAAACAUUCGACGACUCCUACUCUGACUUCUGCCGCUUUCGGCCACCAGUGCGAGAGGGGCCAGUGACACGCAGCGCCAGCAGAGCCGCUUCCCUCCACUCUCUGUCGGACGCCUCCUCCGAUUCCUUCAGUCACUCUCCCGAAUCGGUGGACACCAAAAUGAAUUUGAACAACUUGAUGAUGAUGUAUCAGGAGCAAGGAAGCAGCCCCGAUUCCAGUGAAGAGGAAGCCUCCAGCUUCUCCAUGCUUCCCCACCUGGCCGAUUUGGUGUCCUACAGCAUUCAGAAGGUCAUCGGCUUUGCCAAGAUGAUCCCGGGCUUCAGAGAGCUGACAGCAGAAGAUCAGAUCGCCUUGCUGAAGUCGAGUGCCAUUGAGGUGAUCAUGCUUCGCUCAAAUCAGAGCUUCAACCUGGAAGACAUGUCCUGGAGCUGCGGUGCUCCUGACUUUAAAUACCAGAUCAGUGAUGUCACCAAAGCGGGCCACACUCUGGAACUACUGGAGCCGCUGGUUAAGUUCCAGGUGGGCCUCAAGAAGCUUUGCCUACAUGAGGAGGAACAUGUACUGCUGAUGGCCAUCUGCUUGCUUUCUCCAGACCGCCCAGGUGUGCAGGACCACGCGCGCAUCGAAACCCUCCAAGACCGCCUGUCCGAGACUCUGCAGGCCUUCAUCCAGCUCAACCACCCCGGCGGGAGCCUGCUCUACGCCAAGAUGAUUCAAAAGCUGGCCGACCUGCGCAGCCUCAACGAGGAGCACUCCAAACAGUACCGCUCGCUCUCUUUCCAACCCGAGCACAGCAUGCAGCUCACCCCACUGGUGCUGGAGGUGUUUGGCAGCGAGGUGUCCUAAGGGGCGACCGCACCCGUGUGGGUACAAAAUGGAGGGUGGGAGCCGAUGAGUAUCUGGAUGCGUGUCUCUUUCAAGAGUCCGUAAGGCGAGCAAGCAGAUGUUUAAGCGACAGUAAACAAGGGAACUACAUUCAGUACAACUUAAGCUAAGCAUACUUCUGCCUCUUUACAGUGUUUAUUUUUUUUUGUCUAUUUAAAAAAAUCAACGCUGCUUCAAAUGUCAGGACAUUUUGUGUACACACACGGUGCACAACAACAAACACACUCAGUUAUUCAUUUAGCCAUUCCGUUGAGCUACCUCUUUAUUUUAUUUUAUUUUUACCGGGGCUGUUUUAUAUUACUAUCACCUCUAUGGAUGCUUUAGAUACAGUACGGACGACGUUUUAUCGGAUGAAAUCAGUGCCUCUGCAUUACUUUACAAGUUGUCAUUUUUUAUGGUCAUCUGCUUGUCUCCAAGGCAGUGUGUAUUUAUGUAUACCAACCUUUCAUCUCUUGCCAAAGGUAUGGUCCUCUGCCAUCUCGGAAAACCAUCUUGCUGCUCGCUUCGCGUGCGACCGCAUGACACGCUCACAAUCUUUUUUUUUUUCUGACUAACCUAACAGCCCAUGAAGGAAAACGGUCAGUAUUUCACUUUAGAUUGCAGAGUAUAGUCUGUCAUUUAGUGGAUUGAAUUUUGGUUUGCCUGGUUUUUGGAGGUGAGAAUCAGCCACUAAAUGUGUUAGCUACAAUUUUUUUCUUUCUUUCUUUCGAACUGCAAACGGUCAAUCAAACCGAGCCAACAUUAUGGCUUGUCGCUCUUUAUUUUCCUAAAGCUUCUAAUGAUAUAGUUAAUUCCUUGUAAAUAGCUAAUUGCUACCAUGUGUAUCCUAAGCACUGUUGUAUCACCAUUUAUUCAAGACUGUAUACUCUAUAUAUCACAGAUUUUAAAGGGCUAAAUGCCAAAUUUAACUGGAUUAGUGAAUUAAGGCUCCGGUAAGAGACCUGACUUGUUAAUGGAUGGCUGCAAACCAUACUUGGAGUUGGCUUAGAAAUGGAUAUAAUUGCUUCAGAAUUGUUUAUUUUAUUCUAUAUGUCCCUGUAUCUUCCCCAAGACAAUUUCAAGAAUUGUUCUUCGGUGGAAUAUCAUGAGCUCGGUGGGCGUGAAACUUUGCAAGUUGCUUCACGCCUUGGCACUUAUAAUACCCUGAAUUUUCUAGAACAUCUGAGAACUAGUCUGAGACUGGUUGUGGUUGGUGUGCAACUCCUCCCAAAGGCCCUCCAGAUGGCUCAUGUGUGCAGUUUGCCCCCCCUAGUGGCUGUUUUGUCUAAAGACCACAUAUGCAGUGCAUAAAAGUCAUCGUGUUAAGUUAGGGUGACCAGAGAUGCAAUUUCAGCCUUGUAUUACUCAAUAUAACUCAGAGUAUAGUUCCUGCUCUAGAUAAUUCAUAUCGGAAUUUUGAGAAAAGUUGUGUAUUUGGUUCUACUAAAAAAAAAAAACAUUAACUGUAAUAACAUAAAAUAAGCCGGUUAAAAACAGAAAAACAUUUUAAUUGUAAUAACGUAAAAUAAGACUGUUUAAAAACAGUAUCACGGAAACAAAAAACAUUUUAUGGUUUGAAAGAAAUAUACUUGUAGUAUUAAGACUAAAAUGGGAAUGGAGUUUUAAUGUUGAGAAACUGAAAAAAUGUGUGAGAAUUUCUUAUUAUGCGAGUGAAAAAUAUUCCAUUGUAAUAUAAGUGAUGUUGGACAUUUGAAAGAAAAAAGAGUAAAAGGUGAAAUAGUACAGGAUCGAAGCCCUUAUGUUAAUACAUGAUUAAAGAAAUAGAAUAUCCGUAUCCCCCGACAUCCAGAUUAAGGUUGUAAUUUUACAAGAAAACAUCGAUCUAUUUAAUUUUUUUGUCCCAUUGAGGACACACUGCAAAAACAAAAGACUUUGUAUCAGGGUAAAGCAAAUGUCGUGAAGAUGACAGAUUUAAAUGUAAAUGCAAGAGAAUUCUAAAUAGUAUUUAAAUGGAUAUACAAAACAAAUAUGCAAUACACAAUAUUGCCGUUUUCCACUUUGUUGUGAUCAACUGAUGAACUCGCUCUAGUUUUGGAAUGACCCAGUUUGAUUAUUAAGUCAUUAGUCACAUUUGAUACUUAAGAGGCCGCUGUAUUAUUUGGUGCCACGAUGAAAUUGCCCGAAGAAAACGGAUCUGUAGAUUGCUUGAUAGAUAGUAUGCCGCAUGCACAUCACAAAUCCGCCCCUUCCUGUCACGCGUGGACUAUUUUCACGGGGGUUGCGUUGCGUUCAAGCUAUUUUCACGGUAGCGAUGUGAUGUCAAAUAGUUUCUGACAUGGGCGAAAGUAGUUCCUGUGAUUGGCUAUGCAGGCUUCCUGUGCCAGACCUUUUAUGACGCUUCCACUGACAUCAUCUCAGGGCUACUCUUGCAGCCUUCGCGCUGCUCCUCGUUUGUCAUCGGGAGAGCAUUGUCGCUUUAAACUGUGCAGCCCAAACUGACUCACCAGCAGGACCGUUCUCUUUCACUGUGGCAUAAGUCCAACUCUUCUACUAUUGAUGACUUGUGCCAAUCCAACUGCACGGGAAAUAUAUUGCAAAAUGUUUCCCCGUUAAUGUAACGACAGUUUUGGUUUUCUCCGAUACAGUUCAUGUCCUCAAAAGUGACGAUAGAGUUUCUUGGAGGCAGUAGGCCACCACGUGUACUUUUUUUUUUGGAACGUUUUUUUACUGCUGUAUGUAGGUUAAAGAUAGUAAUGCAGUAUUGACGUGUACAGAGGAGUAGUAAGGCGACACUGAAAAGAAAAAAACUAUCUCAAAAACUUUUUUUUCCCCAUGUAAUAUUCCAUUCUUCAUUCAGAUAACUUUAGAGCUUUCUUGUGCUGGUCUUUUCUUUUCAGUGCAGUCGUAAUAUUUCUUUGUAGAUAUGCGCGUGUUUUGUCCAAGUAGGGAACUUUGGGGAAUGCGAAAGUGCCAUAGGAAGGCUUUCCUCCAAACGAGAACAGGGUCAGUGAGUUCUCCGGUGAGGAUUUCUGAGCCGAGCGGGAAAAUUGUAGAGGACAAAAGUAACGUUGACGUUGGCGCCCAUGACUGACUCAUUGUACAUAUCAUGGAUCUGCUCAUAUUGACACGAGGUUUUCUUGUUUGUAUUCACCAUACAAAGCUGCUUCAAACCAUUGUAACAAUGUGGUUGGUGCUUGUUGGAUUUUUGGACCUUGUAAAUUCUACUGCAACGGAGAUCCACCACGCGUGACAUGCGACCAUCUUUGUUGAGAUAGUAGCGGUCUAGUCAACAAGAAUGACAUUGCAUACCGUAAUACCUGUAAUAUACACAUCAUGGUACACUAUCACCAGCAAGCUUUACAGAUAUACUAUUUUGUUUCUCUUUUUGAAAGUUUGUCCGUAUGACUGUUGCCAUUACAAAUCCUGUCCAUAAAGCAGGUAUGAUAGCCGUCUCGCCGCCCGCCCACACGUUCUAUUUGGAGUUUUCAUUCCCGCCUUUACGACAGGGAUUGUAAUGGAAUCAACUUAAAUGUAGUUCUUAAGACGAAGAUUUUCCACAAUGGAUGUACACCGUCGUCAACCUAAUAAGAAACAACCUACCUCUUUUAGCUCUUUUUUUUUUUUUUUUGGCUUUAGCAUUUGCUUCAGUUUUUACUUUUGUAAUGUUUGUAUUCAUAUUGGUAUUUAUUGCUGUCUAAUGAGUCAUACUUCAAUGAUUACCUCAGAGAUAUCUCACAGAUUUUGGGGAGAGUCCAGCUAAUGAAGUUGUUGAUAGUUUGUUUGUUGUCAUUGUACAGUUGUCUUCUCAUACUAAGCAUUGCCCCCUCCGUUCCCACCAACACACAAAAUACCAGUGGUGUUUUUAUGAAAUCUUGUGCCUACACCCACGGGGCUCUCACUGGCUAGAAAGCGCUUUGCAGCAUUGUCCUUGACAUGUAUACUUAGAGAGUGGAAUGAAAACGAAAUGUCUACACACCUCGAAAAAAUAUAAUGGCUGGAUAAUCUUUUUUUCGUGUGAAAGAAAAUAAGUCAAUUAUUGUCAUAUUUAGGCCAUGACUUGCCAGAAAUUCCUUCAGUGUUUUCCUUCUCUCUCUGGUCUUUACAUUCGUUUAACAGAGAUGUCCACUUCUCCUGUUCCAGUUCUCACAAUGGUGCCAUAUUUUAUGUACUUGUAUAAUGACUGUCUUCACUUUGUUCCAAGGUCCAGCUAAAGCUUUGGAAAUACUUGUCAGAAGAAUCUCAGUGUUGGAAAUGCUCAGAGGCAUGUAUAGAUUAGUUUGAAUGUGAUCAGUCAGAUACGUUCACACAUGAGAUGAAGGAGCUGCAGGAAUUUCUGGCAAGUAAUGGCUGCAAUCCCCUACAGGCUAUCAUUCGUGUUGAAAGUUUUUCGAGAGGAUGUGUAGACUUUUUAAAGCCACUGUGGUUUGUAAAGGCAAACCUUGGAGAGGAUGUAAUUUGUUAGGGAAGUGUCCAGAGGAACUCCAGUGGCUGAUGGAGCAAUGAGAGGUGUGUUAGCCCCACUUGGUUCUACUAUAUGUGUGGUUGAAGUUCUACAGUGCCCCGCCCCCGCGUUCUUUCUCCUCAUAUCUUCUGUCUGAAGUCUACUCCCUCACCUGUGUCAUUCCCGACCCGUUUUUGGUCCGACGAAGGGAAUUAGGAGAGGCGACAUCUUCAGUAUACACUACAUGCAAUGCUGCUUCUACCCCCGUUUGUUCUAUUUAUAUAUAUAUAUAUUUUUUAAUUGCCAAGCAUCACCAAGUUAGAAACACUACAUAAUGCGGGCAUAGUCCAAAGUGAGCCCCCCCCCCAAUAGGAAUAUAGUGGUACUCAUUGGAGAGAGAUCACUUUUUGUACUCAUGUCAAACUGCUUCAGGUAAACACUGAAUGGAAUGAUUAGAGUUGUUUUUUGGUUAAUAUAAAGAGGAACAUUAUUGCCAUGACGACUUACCCUGAGCUGUGUGCUACAUGGCCUUUUUACUGCAGGGACACCACGUUCCCCAGCUUUGUGACUGGGAGAGAAUCUGACUUAUGAUGUAGUACUUCUGAAUUUGGCAUUGAAUUCUAGUCCUUCUUUAUGAAGCCAAAUUACGCCACGUUCAAUUCAAAUGCCUAAACCAACAAAAGCACUUAAUGUAAUCUUAUGUAAUGCGCGCAUACUGAUUGACUCUAUUUGCCACAAAAGGCCUAAUGUAUAGGUCACGCUUGGCUUUAGUUAUCAGAAAAAUUUAAAUCACCUAAAUUUUAUUGCAAUUGCAAUUUUAUCUUUUGUGUCUUUAUUUUCUCUCAAAGAUCUCUUUUCUAUUAUAAAUUGAUGUCUAUGUAAUAUUAUUUUGUCUGAUGUUUUGCAAAUCAAAAAUAAACACUUGUACAGUG